UCUGUUGGUGAUAUGGACACAACGGGUUCAAUAUCAGCGGUAGAGGCGGCACUCGAUCGUUUAGCGAAACAAAGAAGCGACUUGGAAGAGCUUUGGGCGGCACGUAAAUUACGGCUAGACUUGUGUUUGAGAUUACGAGUAUUUGAACGUGACGCUCUCGAAGUUUCGUCGCAGUUAGAGAUGUGGUCCGAAGAGCUUCAGCACAGCGAACUGACGAGAGAUAUAGCGAAAGCGGAACAGUAUUUAAGGCUUCAUAACGAAAGCGUUAGUCAAAUGCAAAAUACGACAUUCCAAAUCCUACAGCAGGGACAAGAGCUGGUGCAGGUCUUCGAAAAUUCGGGCGUAUGCAUUAUGGCCGAUUCGCAGUACAAUGCUCAAACUAGAGUUCAGGUGUUAUUAGAAUUUUUGCACGAUCGAGAGGUCGACCUGGAGGAUUUGGCGGAGGUGAAAAGGGUCAAGCUCGAGCAGUGCAUUCAGUUGAGUCAGUUUCAAAAUGACGCCAAUCAGGUUAUUAGUUGGAUACGUAAUGGGGAGUCGAUGUUAAUGGCCAGUUUCGCGAUUCCGAAUAGCUUGGCGGACGCCGAAUUGCUCAAAAAGGAGCACGAGCAGUUUCAAGUGGCGAUCGAAAAGACGCACACGUCAGCGGUUCAAGUGAAAUAUCGAGCGGACGCGUUGAUUAAUGGAAAUCACUACGAUCCGCAAAGUAUAAGGGAAAUUUCGGAAGAGGUUACGAAGCGCUGGCAACAACUGGUGACUUGCGCCGAAGAGCGGCACAAACUGGUAACGGCAAGUCUAAACUUUUACAAAACUGCCGAGCAAGUCUGUUCGGUAUUGGACAGUUUGGAAAGGGAGUAUAAGAGAGAUGAAGAUUGGUGCGCCAAUGCCCAUCAAGCCAUGAACAUGGACAAAGCUACAGCGAUUUCACAGUUAAUCAAUAAGCACCAAGAACAGAAGGAAGCGUUUCUAAAAGCAUGCACGUUAGCGCGCAGAACAGCGGAGACGUUUUUGAAGUACACCACGCGCAGUUUGCAAUUCUACAAUUAUCCCCCUGGAACUGGUAACCAGGAGUCGCGGGUGAAAGGGAUACUUGAAAAGUUGCUUACGCAAGAAAAUAAAGUGUUGGAGCACUGGACGCAGCGCAAGAAACGCUUGGACCAAUGCCAGCAGUUUGUACUCUUCGAACGAUCGGCCAGACAGGCGAUUGAGUGGAUACACGAUACUGGUGACUGCUAUCUAACAACGCACGCAACGAAUUUAGGCACUAACAUUGAAGAAACCGAAAGUUUACUACGCGAGCACAACGAAUUUAAGGGUACGGCGAAAGAAACGCGAGAGCGCGUCAAACUGCUGAUUCAGUUAGCGGACAGUCUGGUGGAAAAAGGCCACGCGCACGCCAGCGCCAUCAAGCAGUGGGUGGCGGCUGUCGAUAACAGGUACAAGGACUUCAGUUCGCGAAUGGACCUUUAUCGGCAACAGUUGGAAGAUAUGCUCGGAAUUCAAGCGGAAGAGAGUGAGAAGAAGGAGUUGUCGAUCGAUCGCAAUUCGGAUCCCAGCUUGGAAGCGAAAGUGAAAGAGGCCGCUGCCAAGGAGCUCAAAGAAUUGAACGAGGAAAAACGGAAAUCCGCCCGCAGAAAAGAGUUUAUAAUGGCAGAGUUGCUGCAAACGGAACGAACAUACGUCAAAGAUCUAGAAACAUGCAUAAAGUCGUUCCUGAAGGAGAUGAAAACGAGUAACGGAAACGGCAUCCCGUUGGCGCUUCUGAAAAAAGAGGACGUCAUCUUCGGGAACAUGGAGGAGAUCUACAACUUUCACAAUUCGAUAUUUUUGCGCGAGCUCGAGAAGUACGAGACGAUGCCCGAAGACGUCGGUCAUUGUUUCGUCACCUGGGCGCAGAAGUUCGACAUGUACGUCUGUUACUGCAAGAAUAAGCCGGAGUCGAACACUCUGCUCGUGCAACACGGCGGGACGUUCUUCGAGGAGCUGCAGAAGAAGCACAAAGUCGAACAUCCGAUCGCCGCCUACCUCAUUAAACCCGUGCAGCGAAUUACGAAGUACCAGCUGUUGCUCAAAGACUUACAGUCGUGUUGCCAAGAAGGCCAGGGCGAAAUUAAGGACGGUCUGGAAGUGAUGCUCAAUGUACCAAAGAAGGCCAAUGACGCCAUGCACCUCUCCCUGCUCGAAGGCUGUGAUGUAUCUGCUGAUAAAUUGGGAGAAGUCGUGUUGCAAGAUGCUUUCAGUGUAUGGGAUCCUAAACAGUUAAUAAGAAAAGGCAGGGAUAGACACAUCUUCCUUUUUGAACUGUAUCUAUUAUUCACCAAAGAAGUUAAGGAUUCCGCCGGAAAAGUUAAAUAUAUUUACAAAAAUAAACUGAUGACUUCGGAACUUGGCGUGACCGAGCACAUGGAGGGUGACGAAUGUAAAUUUGCUGUUUGGACAGGCAGAGCACCAAUCUCGGAUUAUAGAAUAGUACUUAGGGCGUCAUCUUUGGAUACAAAACAGUUGUGGGUUAAGAAACUUCGCGAAGUUAUUCAGGAAACUUACUUUAGCGGCGCUUUGCCGCUGUCCUUACCAAAAAGUCCAGCCAAAUUAAAGCCCCACAGUCAACGGUCCAGCAGAAUUUGGCUCGGCAGGGGUUGCACGAGUGCAGACGUCGUGCUACACGAACUUAUAUGCACGUCAUCGGUUUCCUACACGAACACCGAGACGAAUAAAAUCAACUGGAUCGCGACGAGUACGUCCGAGUGUACCAGGGUCCAGGAGAACAUCUUAGAUGGCGCCCAAGAAGACUUCCUCAAACUGGCUCGAAACGUGACGCAACGCGAGCCGCGACAAUGA